AUGGGCGUCCAAUCAACCAGAAACAUUCCAAAAGAGAAUGUCUUUCACCUCGAAGACGCGCCCAAGCCAGAAACUGGCGUUCUCCUACAAGUUCGCGCUGGGAAAGUAAAGGAACGCGGUCUGGGAGGAGAAAUAACGUCGGCCAUCUACAAAAAGGAACAGCACGGCCCAACAUAUGUCACAGCGACUGGUAUUCUCGGCGAUGAACAUGCUGCCAAGAGUCAUGGCGGAACCGAACGCGCAGUGCAUCAGUACAACCCAGAGCACUACCCAGACUGGCAAGUCGAGAACUCCCCGGAACCGGGCCUGUACGAUAUCGGUGCUUUCGGAGAGAACCUCGUUACAACCAACAUGAGCGAUGACAACGUCUGUAUUGGCGACAUAUACACGCUCGGUGCCGAAGUUGUACUCGAAGUUAGCGAGCCUAGACACCCAUGUUUCAAACUCAACUCCCGAUUCAAGUGGCCCAGGGCCCUCAAACGAACCAUACGAACCGGACGAUCGGGGUGGAACUUCAGAGUUCUAAAGACGGGAAAUAUUUGCAAGGGUGACAAGAUUUCAUUGAUUGAACGACCAUAUCCCAAGUGGUCGGUUCUCAAUGUUCAAAGAAUACUGAGAGCAAGGAAUGUCUCCCUUCAGCUAUUGGCAGAGUGCAUUUCACUACCAAUGCCAGAAAUGUGGGUAGAGAUCGGCAAAGAAAAGCUAAGGAACUCGCCAAAGACGUACACAUUGGUCGAUGCUCAUCUUGUCACCUCUCGUGUUAGAAAGCUCACAUUCAAGUUGAAGGACGAUCUCAAACUCGACAACCCCGAAUUCGAUCAUUAUGGGUUUGCCCAGAUCAUUUUCGGGCCAGACAACAAGUUUGAACGUUCGUAUUCCGUUGUUGAUGGUGAUUUGUACACGUUCAGUCUGGGUGUCUCUCUGGAUAGUCACUCUCGUGGUGGUUCAGCCUACAUCCACAAAGAGAUGAAGAUUGGUGAUGAGAUUCAGAUGUCACCAGGAAAUAACUUAGGUGCACAGGAAAACGACAAAAAGGCCGACCCGAAGCUUGAGCGUAUUCUCAUCGUUGGAGGUAUUGGCAUCACUGCCUUCCUUCCAUCAAUCCGUCAGUGGGAGACCACAGGAGAACCAUACCAUCUUCACUAUGCUGUACCGAGUCCCGGCGAUGCCCCAUUCCUCGACGAACUUCCACGAGACAAGACUACAUUAUAUGCCAAGUCAGAAGGUCGAAGGCUCAAUAUCCCAGAGAUCAUACCGAAGCCCACCGAGGACAAGACGUACCAUGCCCGUAUCUUCUCGUGCGGCCCAGCAGGUAUGAUGAAGGAAUGUCAACGCGUCGCUGCCGACCUAGGAUACCCUGACUACAUGGUGCACUGGGAGGACUUUGGUAGUGGUGGUGAAAACUUGGGUGACCCAUUCGACGUGGAGGUUGACGAGCCUGAGACCAACAGACACGAGACGUUGACGGUUCCUUCUAACAAGACCCUUCUCGACGUGCUCAACGAAGCCGGCUUCGACGUACUUUCCUCGUGCAAGUCUGGAGCUUGUGGUGCUUGCAAGGUGACGCUGUGCAAGGGAGAGGUUGACUACAAGAGCACGUCACUGUUGGAAAAGGAGAAGGGCACAGCCUUGCAGGCAUGUGUCGAUCGAGGGCAAGGAAACUUGGCCAUAGAAAUUGAUUAG